AUGGUUCCUGAUCGCCCCAAGUGGGAGGCCAGAGGGGCUUCGAACGGGCGCGCGGUGUUGCGGACCAACAACGGCUACCGCAGCACCAGCGCUGCACCCAUGCUGCUUGGGGGACGGCACCUGCUGGCCAUCAGCAGCAGCGGCGGCGGCAGCAGCAGCGCCGGCGCCAGCAGCAGCCUCCCGCGGCCCCCGCGCAACACCGCCGCGCACGCGGCGCCCGUCCGCGCGCCCGCCGCCGCGCACAGCGAGCGCCGCGAGCGCACCCUCCGCAGCGGCGACGUCACCGCGACCAGCAGCGCGCUCGCAACCUCUCUGAGCUACAAGAUCCGGCCGGACGGCAAGGCGACGGUCGAGGGCGCCGGCUCCGCGGGGCCGGUGCGCGACUUCCUAGGCAAGCUGCAGCUGGCAUGGCAAAUCUUCUUCCCGGACAAGCCCCCGGAGCUGACCCCCAAGGACGGCGCAAAGCAGCGGCUGCGCAUGAUCCUCGUCGCGGACCGCUGCGGCAUGAGCCCCUCGGGGCUGGCGGAGAUGAAGAAGAACAUCCUGUCCGCGCUCGAGGAGUUUGUGGACAUAGAGUCCGAGUCGCAGAUUGACGUCAGCGUCAGCGUGGAGCCGGAUGUCGGGACCAUCUACUGCGUCGCCGUGCCCGUCAAGCGCGUCAAGCCCGAGGCGCAGAUGGGCUUCGAGGACGAAGUCUCUGUCGACGGCAUGCGGGUGGUCGAGUGGGACCCCCAGGAUAAGGAGAGCGACCCAUCGUCGCGCUUCCCGAUGGGCUGCUGA